AUGGACACGAUGAGGUGUCUGGUGAUUUUUGCCUUGCUCUGCAUAGGCUCACAGGCCUCAGCUAUCGACAUAACUCUGUUUUCGGGAACAUCUAAAACCGUGUACCUCAAAUGGAACAAGGUCUCUGGAGCUAAAUCAUACCAAAUCUCUGCUGCCCUAAAAAAUGACCCAAACAAUGCCGUUGCUUUUGCCAGCUAUGGCGAAUACAUCGUCAUGGGCACAGUCAACAAUCUCAUCCCAAACACCGUCUACAUCUUCACACUUAGAGCUCUGGAUAAUAUGCAGUCUGUUCUUGACACUGGAACCCUUCAGACAAUAACGGCACCUGAGAUGAUGGAUCCCAUUCAGACUGUGAAACCAAAGGACAGCAAGACCAUGAUUGUAGUCUUCGCAGAGAGGACAGGAGCUACUGAAUAUGUCGUAAGAGUCGAGAAUGCUGAUGGCUACUUUAAGGAAACCACAGUGCCUUCUUCUCCUGCUGAGGUUUCAUACCUUGAACCAUACACCGAAUACUCCUUCAGCAUCAUGGCAAAGAACCGGGGUGGUGGCCGGACUCAGCCGUCCCUGAAAGUGCAGGGAAAGACAGUGUUAGCUCCUCCUCAGCUCAGCACCUCCUCUCCUAGCAAUGACAGCAUCAUUGUGUCCUGGCCCGCCAUGGCGCACGCUGUCCAGUACACCCUGAACAUUAUAAAUGUUGACUCAAACGAGAAGCAGACCAUAAACACCACAGACACCAGUGAGACCAUCUCUGGUCUUAAAGCUGGUACGCUGUACCAGAUCUACGCUUACGGCUGGGAUCCCGAGGGAAGGAAGGGAGAGGCCAGUUUGUACGUCAACCAGACAACACGACCUCCAGCACCAGCUUAUUUCAACGUAACCAUAGUGAUGACUGUAAAUGCGGCUGAACUGUUUGUAACCUGGAAAACAGAUCCAAGCACCGAUGGACUUGUUCAGUACAACGUGACGAGUGAUCAGAAUCUGACAUGCACCUCCGUAUCCAACUCAUGCACGCUUUCUCCAGUGACAUGUGGCAAGGUGUACAAUAUCUACGUCACUGCCUUGAACGAUGCUGGUCCCAGUUACCCAGCAGGCCCUGAAAUAUUCACCACAUUCCCCUGUCCACCAGAGUCUUUGUCCUUUGAGAAGAUGGAAGAACACUGCAUGCUGACGUGGAGCCCUGCACUUUAUGCUGACAACUACACAGCCUUCAUUAAGAGAGCUGAUGGCAGCGAGGAGACAUGCAACACCACUGGCACCAACUGUACCUUCACCUGUGAAUGUGGCUACACAUAUCUGAUGUCUGUGUCAGCGCACAACAAGGCCGGCUGCAGCCCUCCAGGAAAGACUCUAAACUACACCACCUUGCCCUGUUGUCCAGAGGAUGUGUCCGUGUCCGUGGUGAGCACAGACACGCUGGAGAUCAUGUGGAUGUCCUCACGGGGGGCUGAGGUGUAUGAGACUCGGGCCACAGACAAUUCAGAGGUCAUCCUGUGUAAUGACACGGCACCGGUGUGUGCCCUCUCUGACCUCAGCUGCGACAGUUCCUACAGUGUGGUGGUGACACCCUGCAAUGACAUCAGUGGCUGCAACCUUUCCUGCAAACAUCACACCAAAGACACGGUUCCCUGCAUGCCAGAGAAUCUGUUGGUAAACCUGAAAAAUUCCUCCUGCGCCACUGCGAGCUGGACAGCAAACAACCGCGCCGCCAACUACACCGUGACUGCUGCCAUGGGAGAUGACACGCACACCUGCACCACCAGCGGAAACAGCUGUGACCUCUGCGACCUUCACUGCGGUCACACGUAUGAUGUCGGCGUGAUUGCGACAAGCGCGGCUGGAAAAAGCUUACCAAGCUACUCCGAGGUCAUGGAAAUAGAUCCCUGCUGUCCUGUCAACCUAACAGUUGAACAAGUGACUCAGGCAAUGUCCAACGUCUCCUGGUCUUACGCCAAAGGGGCAAAUACGUUCAUCACCUCUGUGACAUCAUCACGUGGCCACGCACGGUGUCAAACCCAGAACUCCCACUGCCUCAUGGGUUGCAUCACCUGUGGCACAAACUACACCGUCAACAUGGAGGCUGUCAGCCACACGGGAAGGAAGUCCAACUGCACCUAUCAGGGCUUCUCGUCCAGUGCCUGCUGUCCAUCAGGUGUCAGGCUUUACAGACUGGCAAAUAACUCUCUGCAGGUGUACUGGCGAACUGCCAGCAGUAGCCAUAUAUACAGAGCAGAUUUAGUAGGCAACAGCAACUACAACUGCACUUCAUCUCCUGGACAGAACAGCUGUGAUGUUCACAACGUUCAGUGCGGAGGUGUCUAUCAUGUAGUUGUUGCUCCACUCACACCAGAUGGCAGCACAGUCCAGUUCUGUCCUCAGAGACUGUACUCAGUCACAUGCACAGGGAGCAGCGUUGGCAUGGUGGUUUACAGAGGGAAGAGAAGUGUGGACUAG